GCAAGCUUCGUUUACCCCCUCAGCCCUGUAAACCGACGAGUCAUCUCUAGCUGGUGUGCAGUCAUCUUAUGCAUUGUUAUGUCGAAACAUUCAAGGCUGAGGUAAUAUCUUUGCUCACUUGCAGUAGCAAAGCACCUACGUUGAACCACGAUCGAAAGACGUACUCAUAAUGAAUCAGCGGCGCGGCGCGAAGAAAACGUGAAGAAGAAUGAAUCAUCCACGCGAUCGCGACGAAGAGAAGCUAGUGAUGCCUAGCAGGGCUUUAAUAAUAAUAAUCUGACGGGUCUUUUUAGUGCUGACAGGCGGCAAAAGCGGUAUUCAAUUUUGGGACGAAACGAUCAGCCGCACGCGGAAUGAACCCAUGCUCGCGCCAUCUUAUUAGCUACCGUUCCUUAGCCCUAGGGACUUUUGGGGGCCGUCCCACUGGCUAUCGUCUGCGGUGGGUUUGUCAUCAUGGGGUAUAACUUAUGAUGUCCCGGCGCAGAGCCUCUGGGCUCGAAUUUGUUGAAUCGUUUCUGUCUUUCUUUUUCGUUUUGCUGUUGUUGUCGUGUAAUCAUGUCGCUGCAGCGUACCGCUACUACGCGGAAACCCCCGUCGGGGCCUGCGAGGCGGAGGAAGGACUACGAUAUCGUCCAGCAAGGAAUCAAAGAGCUUUAUCCUCUCGAUAAACAAAAUGUCGAGCCCGAAAUUGAUAUCGUAUUCGUACCUGGGUUGGGAGCGAAUCCGGAAGAUAGCUGGAAAUCUGAGAGUACUGGCUUCAACUGGACUACAGAUGGACUAGUUAGGGAUUUCCCGCGGGCGCGUAUCUUGCUCUACAUGUACGAAUCAGCCUGGACUGGGUCUCUCAAGGUGAAGCAGUUUAUGAGCAAUAUCGCGAUGACCUUGCUCAACGGGCUGAAGAGUAAGAGAGAGGACCGCAUACAACGGCGGCCGAUCGUGUUUAUUGGUCAUAGUAUGGGUGGUCUUGUAAUUGCGAAAGCCAUUACUAUCGCCGACUCUCGGCGGGAUAAAUUCCCCGUCAUGUUCGAAGCCAUCGCGGCCGCUAUCUUUUUCGGCACGCCUUUUAACGGCGCAGCCGCUGCUUCUGCAGCAGCAAUGUACGCAUAUUAUGCCGAGAAGAUAGGCGCGGCUUCUUCUUCCAAACUAUUAGAUUUGAUGAAACCGGGAGAUGAAGGACUACGAGAACUCAAGCACGAAUUCAUGCGCCUUGUAGGGAAACUUAACCCCAAGAUUGAACUGCUGUGCUUCUAUGAAGAGCAACCGACCGAUUUCUCCAAGAUGGCUGGCUUGCCUAGCCUUUUCGGAUUAAGCAAACUCGCGAUUCCAAAAUCGUACGCCGAUUUCGUUACGCGAGACUCUGCGACGCUCCCGGGCGUUGAAGAGCAAGGCUUAGCAGCUAAUCAUCGAGAUCUUGUGAAGUUCGAUGGACCAAAGGACGACAUGUGGAGCCAGUUUGUCAAGGACCCCAUGAAGAAAAUAAUUCAUGGUGCCCAGUUGGCAGUUAAGAAUCGGUUGAAUUCCGUUCGUGACAUUGAUCGAUCAAUGAUCAACGGUAUCAUGGAAGUCUUGGAUGGCGCACAGGUUUCCAAGAAACGCAGGACUCUAGCUCAGACAUUUGCGCCAUCUUCUUGGAUUACGAAGGAAGCCGAAUACAAGGAAUGGCUAUACGAUCCCGAUAACUAUGACGAUGGCCGCGUAUUUCGUAAUGUGGAGUGCUUAUGGAUACGCGGACCAGAGGGUAGAGGGAAAACCAGUGCUUCCUUAGCCGCUAUUGAUGAGAUUGAGAGAAUCAGGGAGAAGGACACCUCCGAAGGGCCAGUUCUUCUUGCAUACUUCUUCUGCGACCCAGCAACAGAUUACUCCACAGCCGAAGACCUUCUGAAGAGUCUUAUUACGCAGCUGAUAAACCAACAGGAGAUGCUUGCCUCCUAUGCGAAAUCAUUCGCCAAGAAGAAGGGCGAAGAGAGCCUGUCGCGAGCGCGGGUGACUGUAGAGAACCUGUGGCAAACCCUUCAAGAUAUGCUUAACGACGACUUUAUCGGCAGUAAGGUUAUUUUCGUUUUGAAUAACUUACAUGUGCUCCCUGAAGACUGGGAUUCCACCAUUAAGUUGAUGAAUUACUUGAAGAAGGACUUGCAGACCGACACCAAUGGCUUUGAUUCGAAGCGAGUUACGACGAGAUGGAUGAUCACUAGUAGAGAGGCCCACAACAUUGGAGAAGCGCUCAAAGUUGAGGGUGUCCGUCUUGUUGACCUCGAGGACGAGAAAUAUGGUGACCAAGUCCAAACGGCUCUGCGAAAACGUGCGAAGGAGCGAAUUACGACGCUUGAAAAGGAGAAGAACUACAACAAGGCGCUUGCGUAUUUCGCAAGCAGUCUUAUUGGAAAGCGUGCUCAGAAUACCCAGUGGAUCGACAUUACAUGUAUUCAACUCCAAGAACUCCCGCAAGCUGAAAGUGACCUGACAGUUCGACGGGUACUUGAAAACAUGCCUCAAGAUCUGACGAUGCUUUUGAACAAUGCAUGGCUCCAAAUUUUCAAGACCAACGAAGCAGAUGUUGAGAAAAUCAAGGAGAUGCUACGAGCCCUUGUCCUCACAUACGAAGAUCCCACCGAGGCGGAAUUAUGUGUCCUUGCCGGCUUCUCCUCAAGCGACGAGGAGAAAGCUGAACUCUUGAAAUUCGUGGAGAAGUGCAAGCCACUUUUGGUUAUCAAACGAACGAGCUAUACAAUCAGUUUCAUGAAUGUCGUUGUCAAGACACAUCUACUGGAGAACGCUAACCAGCUACUCGGAAUGUCGAGCGAGGAAAAGAAGUGGCAGCACGGUGUUCUUGCGCUCCGGUCAUUCUCACAUGUGAAUGAAAGCUUUGACUUCCCCAUCACAGAGAAACCAGAAGAAGCUGAAAACGAAGAAAAUAAUGACGAAGAUGGUGAAGGGAGUCAAGACGAAGGCAGCGAUAACGAGGAAGAAGAGGAGGAGGAUGAUGAUGACGAGUCAGAAGAUAGUGGGAGCGAAUGGUCUAGUGAAGACAGCUCGGCAGAACAGGACCCUGAGGCCGAUAUCCUUUAUGACAAGGCUCUCCCGUAUACGGUCAAGUAUUGGCUUCGUCAUGCCAGUAAAGCUACGCGUGAAAUCGCCGAAGACUUGAGCCUCGAAGAAUCCUUCUGGAAGCCUGAUUCGAUUAUACGACACCGCUGGCUUGUUGAACAUUGUCGGAUGACUAACGUUUUUGAAAACUACGACUACAAGACGAUGACGGGCUUACACAUCGCCGCUUCGAUUGGCUUUAGGGAACUUGUCGCAGCGUUGAUUAGGAACGGCUACCAGGACCAGAUUAAGAUAUAUGAUUCGUUAUUCAAUACACCUUUGCAUUUAGCCGCUGGGUUUGGGCGCCCAAAGAUUGUCGAGGAGUUGCUCAACAAGGGUGCCGAGAUUGACGACGGAAUCGACGCGCAAGAUCAAACAGCUUUGCACAUGGCUGCGUUUGACGGCCACGUCGAAGUUAUGAAGAAGCUACUUCUGAGAGGAGCCAAUCCUAACGCGAUAGCGAACGACAUCGGACCGGUAGUAAACGCAGCAAUCUCCUCUGGAAACCGAGCAUGUGUCGAAUUACUUGUAGAGCGCGGCGUCUCGUUGACAGUGGAGCGAGAAGAUCUCCAACCGCCCCUGGCACAUGCCGCGUCCUUGUCUGAUAUAUCCAUGUUCGGAUAUCUAGUUGAGAAAUAUGCGGAUAAACUCCCUGCUGAAGAGUACAGCAAGGCCUUCGUCAAGGCUGCAGAGGCAGGUCGAGUCGAGGUGUUCAAUAAGCUGCUUGAGUUUGAGCACAGCCAAGAAUACUUCCAAAAGGCUCUCGAAGCAGCUAUAGAUGACUGGAACUGGGAUAUCGUCUCGAUCCUUCUAGAAAAGCGUACCGGACUCAACUGCGACAAUGUCUUCUAUGAGGCAGCGACAUGCUCGGAACCUCAAGAUGAGUUUCUCGAGGAAAUAUGGAAAUAUACCGGCGGGUCGAUUAGUCGGGAAAUGCUCAACAAGACUCUAUACGAUGCUACUGAUAGAGAGAAGGAAUCUACAGUGGAGUUGCUUCUGAAGAAAUUCGGAGCAGAUCCUAAUGCGACUGGCGAAGAAUAUGGCAAUGCUUUGACUGCUGCCGCGUACGAUGGGACAAUGAACAUCGUCCGAUUACUUCUAGACGCUGGCGCUAACGUAAACGCUCCAGAGGGAUGGGCAAUUCAGACAGCCGCUACCGAGGGCCAUUACGAUGUUGUCGAGGAGCUUUUAAAACGUGGGGCCGAUGUGAAUGCUUGCACCGAGAACCCCAAUUUCGAGUGUGGAACGGCCAUUCAAGGGGCAUGUGAAUGGGGAAAGACGGAUAUAGUCGCACUACUUCUAGAGCAUGGUGCUGAUCCAAACCUAGGAUCGGGUUCUGAUAAGCCUCCUAUUGUAGCUGCUGCGAUGCGCGCUGAGGAGGAGAUAGUGGAGCUUCUAGUCAAGGCAAAAGCCAAACUAGAUGUCGUCGGCGAGUCGGAUCCUUCGGGUACGCCGCUUACUGGUGCCGCUGCGUAUAUGCCUCAGUCCUCACUGCAGCUGAUGCUCGAUGCCGGCGCUGACAUCAACCUUGCGGAUAAUGAUGGGGAUACUCCUCUCAUUGUAGCCGCAUCCCGCGGCGAUGAAGAAGCCGUUUUAUUUCUGCUUAAUAGUGGCGCAGAUAUCAUGCAUUCGAAUAAAAGGAGCUUGAACGCCAUACAGACAGCGUUCGAGCACGAGAAUCAUGAAUGCCUGAAGGUCCUAAUCGAUCGCGUCUCAAUCCUCUUGAGAGAUCUUAAAAGUUCUAUGGACUCCGGGAACGCUGAAGUCACUAGUGUUGUCAGAAGCGCUUUCAGCAAGCCACAAGAGCUCAACUACGACGAUGAAUCUCCGCCGACCCCAAGAUUCCCAAGCGGGGCUGAAACUCCGAGAUAUCAUAGCGAGAAUGAACAUGAUAGUGGUUCGGAUGGGGGAGAAUCUACCACUUCUGAUGAUCAUCAUGAAGACAAUACUAAAGGCUCGCAACACGGUGGUAAUGAAGGAACAUUCUUCGACUCCCAUUCGACUGAGGAACAACCUCGAGAGACUGACACAUUCGACUUUGCCCAAAUGUCGGAGCAGCUCAAGACCGCUUUAGCUAACCAAGCAGAGAUGUGGAAUAAGUUCACGGAUAAGUCGCCUGCAGAGGCUCCCGCUGGGGCCGAAGAAUCGGAUUAUCAGUCAGGUGCCCAAGAAAAGAGAGAAGAAGCUUACCAGCCCGCCGCACAAACGAGCACAGAGGCUUACCAACAACCGGUUCCGCAAACUGUCAAGCAAGCUUCCCCACAAACCGGGAUAGGACAAUGGACUGAACAGAUAACCCAAGGUUUAAGCGAGCCAAUAUCACACGCUGUCGAAUUGCCUUCUCAAGACUACGUCAAGAGGAAGCCGGCGCCAGUCAUGCCCUAUGAGAGUAAAUCUCAAUACAACCACACACCUUCCCCGCAACCCUCGGAAUCAUCUACUGGGAGAUUUCAAGCACCAUCGGCACCUGUCAGUCAAGGGCCGACAAUAGCCCCCUAUCGACCCGACGAUUCCGCCCCUCAAUCUUCCGCACCGUACCAAAACACGCAUUCAUACCAACAGAGCCAAUCAUCAAUUCCCACAACCCAGCCCCAGAGUUCCUCCCAUUACCAAAGCAAUAGCAUCGGAUACAGCGGCUCAGCUCCAUACCAAGCACCAGCAACCCAGUAUCCCACGCAACAACCCGCUUUCACCCCGUACAACCCAGACUCGUACGCCCAAUCGCAGCAGCAACAACCCAGCUCAACAGCAACCGCGUACCAAGGCCCAGCAUACAAGCCCCAAGAAUGGCAACAGCAGCAACAUCAGGGAUACUACGCCAGCGCAUCAGGACCACAACAACAGCAAUACAGCGGGCUGGACUGGGAACAGACGCCCCCUCCGCUGAAGACGCAGCGGUCGUCGUUCUUUUCGGGCGGGGUGAAGAAUACUUUUGAUAAGGCGAAGUUUAUGGGGAAUGGGAUGUUUGGGCGGAAGUAGAGAAGACUUGAAGUACAUGGCUAUGGGCGGGUGGGAAUAUGAGGGUAUUUAUUAUAAUGGAUAAGUGUCGGAAAAUAGGUAGGGGUGGGGAUUUAAUGGCGGGAAAUUGUAGACGAUAGGUACUUGGGUUUGAAUAAGAAAG